AUGUUCGCCUUCGUCAGGAUAAAUGUGUUUCCUAUCUCACUUGCUCGACACCGUUCGACUCAGGCUCGCGCGAUCCGUCUUCCGAUAUUCGGAAGUGCCCGCUCAGACCAAGAAGUAAAGAGUCGAACGUCCAUGCUGUUCACACUACUGAUCAUAGCUAUGAUUCUGGAGUACUCAACUGGACAUCCCACAAAGGAGCAGCUAGGAAAAUGUCCCGGUCCUCACGAAUCUGCACAUUCGAAAUCGGUCGACUCAUGUAAGAAUGCUAGGUGCAUACCGGGAUGUGAAUGCGAACCUGGUUAUGUUCGCUUUCAUAAGACUGGAAAAUGCAUCACUGGUAUGAGCUGCGUAAGACUUCAAGUCGCGUAUCGCAACUUUGUGCCAGAUAACUUCGACAAAUCACUUCUAGAUGACGCAACAUUCUACCCAAGACCUCUACAUCUACGAAUUGGUCGACCUCGACGAAUCACUCUUUAAAUGACAAUGAUAAGUGAGAACGAGCAAAACGGCAAUAUUCAACAUCAAAAAUAAAGCUGCUUCCGUAAA